UACAACAAAAAAAAACAGACAAAAGGCUUGUUGUUUUUCCCCCAAAAAUGAGCUCCUGGCGAGACAGUCUGACUAGCAUUCCGGGCACAGUGGCGCAGCUGAUUAACGAGAGCGCUAGCAACUUGUUGCACGCCUCAUCCUCACUAGGAUCAACAGUUGGCAUUGGGGGCUCCUCUGGAUCUGGAUCCGAAGUAGGGGGCUCCGAGGAAAGUGGUCCGCAAGGAGAAUACAGGGCGUUGCCCAUUCCCGCCUCCUUAGUGCGCGAGCAAUGGCGUCUAAUCUUCACCAGCGAUGCGAAUAUCCAGGACCUUCAGGCGGCUAUUGCCCAUUGCAGGGAUCUCGUUCUACUGAGCGAGGAGCUUAGCGAAGAGCGACGAUGGCUGGUGCGGCACCUGGUAGAUCUGCGCUACUCCCUUCAGGAACUGGAGGAGGCCCAAGAGCAGCAGUCCCUGUCAUCUGAUAUGGUCGUUAUGAACGCCAUCCGGGCAGUGGUGGGUCAUCAUUUUGUACCCCAUCAUCCGCAUCACGGCAAGAGGAGUCGCCUGCAGGCAGCCGCCAAAAGAAACUACUGUGACCAUUGCACUGCUAUCAUUUGGAGCGUUGUGCAGAACUCGUACGUGUGCAGCGAUUGUGGAUUUCUGGUUCAUCAGAAGUGCAUCGACGCCGUAAAGAGGGUGUGUGCCCAUGUGCUGGUCUCCGAGCGUCAGCAUCCCAUCUCGGAGAUCUGCCCUGAAAUCGGACUGGCUGCUCAGGGUUACAAGUGCGCCGAGUGUGGAACGUUGCUAAAUAUAAAAAACACAUGGAUUGAACCCCGAUUGUGCGACUAUAGUGGAUUGUACUACUGCCCCCGUUGCAACUGGAAUGAUAGCAACUUUAUACCAGCCCGCAUAAUUCACAACUGGGAUUUUUCUCCACGCAGAGUAUCACGUACAGCGCUUCAAGAGAUCAGGCUAUUUCUUAACAAGCCCCUGAUCCGGUUGGAGGAGGAUAAUCCUAAGCUUUUUGUAUUUGUGGAAAAGCUGUGUGCAGUGAAGAAAUUACGCCAGAACCUGGUGCAUAUGCGUCACUAUCUGGCUGCCUGUAGGAUCGCUACCGAACUGAAAUUGGUGGAUCAGCAACUGGGCGUCAGACGACACCUGGCACAGUCAAAUGAGUUCUAUUCAUUAAAUGAUCUCACGCAGGUGGAAACCGGAGAACUUACAGAAUUUUUGCAGGGAGUUUUCAAGGCUUUCAAUGAUCAUAUAAGAUCCUGCCCCAUGUGCCUGGCUCAGGCCUACAUCUGCGAGAUCUGCAGCAACAACGAGGUGAUAUUCCCCUUCGAUGAUGGCUGCAUCAAGUGUGAUCAAUGCAACUCCAUCUUCCACCGAGUUUGCCUCACGCGUAAAAACAUGAUUUGCCCCAAGUGCAUACGCAUUCAAGAGCGACGCCUCCAAUUGGAUCGAAUGAAGAGCACUGAGGAUGAUGACGAAGAGGCCACCGAUGAUGACGUGGCUCCCGCAGAGUAACUGAUUUAAUCAUAGUUAACUGUGCUGUGCUGGUUUUUAAUAUGUUAUCAUAUGUACAUAAGAUGUAUCUACAAAGUAUAUAACUACUAUUAUUAUUA